CGCUUCCGAUUCGACCGUGGAUCGUCCUGUCUUCACCAACUCUCUCCGACACAAGGAACUACUGUCACUUGAUUAUUGUCGUCGUGCCGUGAUCAUCGAUACAGUCCAUCAGGCAACUCUAUCCGCUCCGGGUUCUUCAUCCCCCCCUUUUUUUCAAACCCCCUCAUCACAGUGCGUCGGAAACGAAAACAACAAGCAACGAUGAUUAGCUCACUAUGGACACUGUGCCAAACGUGCCCGUCCGUCACCGGCAAGUUGGAUGGCAAGUAUCGUUGGACUGAAUACCGAGAUGUGCCGACCGCCGCCAGAGUCAUCGAACACGCUCCACAAUGUUCAGGGCAUUCGGUCACAGAAUCCUCUACGAGAGUUCGAAAGGACGGAGACGACUUGCAGCAGGAUUUGACGAGUGGAGGAGUUCAUGAUUUCAUGGAACCCACUCUAGCUAUACCUGCUCACUUGAAAAUCGACAAUCAGCUGUAUUUGCAAGUGUUGCGAAGAAGUCAGUCAGAGGGGCCUCAUCAGCGCAGCACUCUCGGAGGAGGUGGUGGUGUAGCAGCGUUCGAACCAGGUCCCAUGGCCGCCUGGGUACACGGAAGACGACGUCAUUUCACCGAGCAGCAAAGACCCGAACAUUGGCUCGCUCCAGCUGGCGCCGCUGCAGCUGGAUCUUCAUCUGCUCUGGCCGCCGAGAGUCGAGCAGGAGCUUCCAGCUCCUUCCUUCAGCAGCAAGAGCACAAUCAUAAACGGGUCGUCGUCGUGGCCGGCGAGACGACAACAAACAAGAGGACCAUUACAACCGGCUCUUCUGAGUAUCAACUUCAAUUCGCCUGGCCACCACCUUCAGGCAAAAACAUUGCUUAUAACAGCAAUUGUUCAUCAGCCUUUGCUAACGCCCGCAGGAUGCCAGAAUCACUUGACAGUCUCUUGAAUCACUCUCAUGAUGGAGACAGGGAAGCAGCCGGACUUUUGAGUAACAGCAGAAUCAACAAUGGAACUGGGACAACAACACGCAGCCAGGAGAUGGUCUAUCACGCGGCCGAAGAGCUUCUCCUAAAUCACCAAGAGCAAAAUGAACUUUCCGAUGAUCAGCCACGCAGACGGCGCUACAAGACGGAAUACAAGAAAAAAUUUCGACCAUUUUCACUCUACCAGUACGUCGAUGGCAGGUUCCAGAAAUCAUCUUCGGAUAAGAUUCCCAUGUCUUCGUCCACCGUUGACGGCGGGCCGGCAACUGCCCCUCCGCUUCAAUCUGAUGGCAUUAAAUUGGACAAGGAUACUUGGUACGGCGAAGUCCUGGAGCUUAGGAAGAAAGCUGGAGAAUACAAAUAUCGAGGUUUGGGCGGAGAAUUAAUGUCGGAUCACAUGGCCGAUCUGUACGCUAAGCAGAUGGACGUUUGGGAGCAAGUGUCUCGCAGGAGCUCGUUAUCCGCACUUGCUCUGGCCGCUACAACGCCUAGACCAGGGUCAGAGAAAGUGGAAACGACUUCCGCAGUCAACAGCAAACGUGGCUCGCCGGUCAAGACGGCAUCGCCGCAGAACUCGUCUAACCGUCCGGGACACGCCCAACCGUUGGUCUCGUCUUCUCGUAACAAGGACAACAACGCUCGUAACAAGGGAAGUGAUUCGGCUGAACGAGCUAGGCGUGACAUGAGUCAGCAUCGUUCCGUUUCUUCUGAAGGCAGCAAAUCGAGAUCCAAAUCUGCCAAACCGGCAAAAUCACCAGCCCAGCAAAGCGGAAACGGAAAUGUCACAUUGGCUAUUCGUCCUAGUCUGGGUGCUAUUUUCCAUCCAAUCAGCCGACCUCCAGCUCGAUCUGCUUCACUCGGUCCGGAACGUCGCAUGCCUAAAUCCGCUUCUUCCAAUACGACGGGAGGAACAAUCGGAUCGUCGACUACCAAGACUUCGCCUGUUAAAGCCCGUCCAGCACACACUAAUGAAGACGGCGUGCAACCCAUUGUGGUAAAAAAGAAUCAGAAAGUUUCCAUUAUUGCUGGCGAAGGCAAAGAAAACAUCAUCGUGGACGAAUCUUCAAUGACCGUUAUCGAACAAGAGCCGUUGCCGGCCUUAAUUAAGGCGCUUCCCGAACCGACGCGAGUCAAAUCGCCCGAACAGCUGGUCGUCCGCUCUCCCGAUCCGGUCAACUGGACCGUACCGCUGGACACGGGCAAAACUUUCACCGUCACGCAGAACAUCCGUGGAGGAGAAGGAUCUCGGCCCCAUUCGGAACUGAAAGUUUCCAUGACAGUCCGUCCGCUACCGGUUCCUGCCGCUCCAGUUCAUACAGUCUUGACUCCGAUUGUGUCGGUCAUCACAAAACAACCGAUCCAACAGCAGCAAGAGCCUCCACUCUCCGGUGCUCCAGAUGAAAAUGCUGAUGUUACAGCUUCUUCAAAUGAAACAGAGGACACAAACGAAAUGGCUGACGCUGAAGCGGUUAAAGAACUUCCUGCCAAAGAUCAUCCAAUGGAUGAGGUUCUGCCAGCUGACGAAGUCCCUCCAACUGAUGAUGUCCCCGCUGUGACUGAAUUAGAAACGAAAAUGAUAGAUGUUCCAGUCAAAGAGAUAGAGGAGGAUCAGUCAGAUUCUAAAGCCGAAGAGAUUCAAGCUCAAAAAGAAGAAGAAGAAGAAGAAGAAGAAGAAAAGAAAGAGGAAACCCAAGAAGGAGAAGAAGAAGUAAAGAUAGAAAAAGAAACGGAAGAAAAAGUACCAGAAGAAAUCAAAGAGAUUGAAAGCCUUCCAGAGAAAGAGAAAGAGCAAACUGGCCCCGUCAGUGAUCCUCUUGACACGGCUGCUGUCUUAGGAAAAGCGCCAUUGAUCGAGGAACUGCCGGCUGUCGUUCCCGUCGAACCUGUGACAAGUAUUGUGCCUGGAACCACUUUGAGACGUCUGGAGGAUCCGACGCCUUUCCUAUUCUCACGGCCCGGCACGCUGGGCAGCCUCACAGCUAGUCAAUCCUUCGCCGGCACGUCCCUACCCGAUACAAAGCCUAAAGCACCUCGUUACCGAGUGCUCGAAGCGCCUGGAAUGAUGAACGAUCCAGUUGUAGCUCACCCAAAAGUUCACGAAUUGCCGAAACCGUUCCAGAAUCCGAAAAAUGAGCCAUACGAGCAGAUGGCUCAUCCUUUGCAGAGCAGCACAGCUCCGAUGAUGACAUCGUCAUCGCCUUAUAAAGGACGUGUUCUCGAGGCUCCGUCGUCGCCGCCCAAAAGCUCUGCGGUCUCGUCAUCGCCCAGUGAUUCUCAGAUAUCCAGCCGGUCACUGGCCUCUGACGUCCUAGAGAAAGCCCGCACCCGUUUCGAUCGAUUCUGGACUAAAAAAGAAAGCGAUAAGUAAAGUAAAUAAAGAAGUUUGUUCUGAAAAGGGAAGGUAGAUCCUAAAUGAAAAGCCAAGCGGGAGAGCAUUUGAAAGAAAAAAAAAUUUUAAUUACGUUUCAAACAUCUGAAAAAUCGACUACGACUAGAAAUUUCCGUUUUGCGUCCCGGUGUCGAUUUCCUUUUUCUUUUUACAUCAUAUUUACUUUGAUCCAUAUAUAAUAGUAGGUUAUUUAUCAAAUUUAUAAAAACUGGCUGGCAAAUUACGCGGAGCUCUUCUCGAAUGAAUUUUUAACGACGACGAUGGCUAUCUUAACCGGCUUCUUCUCAGCGCUUAUUUGUUUUGUUUUUUCAGGACACCAGAAGAUAAUUAACAUAUAAUUGCCUGUAUUUGUUUCGUUUUUUUUAAGUUUCUCAACAUCUCUUAUGUAUGUGUUCUGGUACCAGUAGAUUGAUGGAUCCUUCCACGCCAAUAGGCGAAUAAUUCUGAAGACAAACGUUAUAGGGAUUGAUGAAUUAAAGAGCUGAUGCGCCUCCCUGCUGCUUGUGAAAAAAAAGGUGUCAAUUUUAUGGUAUGGCUGUCCACGAACAAGAAGAGAGCUCAAGAAUAUCAUCAAGGUGUUAAACGGCCCGCCUUUGGCUCGAUGUGAUGGAGACUGGAGAAUU